CCGCGAUCAUCGCCUCGGCCGCUGAGCGCGGAGCGGUGGAAGGGGAACGGUGGGUGUCACCGCUUGAAAUCCGGCCGAAAAGGGCACUUAGGGUGCGUUCCACUUAACGCCCGCAACGCUCGCAAUGAUCGCUAACUCGUUCCACAUAACGACUGCGGUCGCUGUGGUCGUGCCUAAAAUGUCAUGGGUGACAUCACUGAUCGCGACCGCUCUAAACCCACUUCGUCCGCAGUUUUAGGUGGGUCAUUAUGGUCGUUCCGGCAUUUUCGCGCACUUUUUUGUAAUUUCUGUUGACAACGAAAUGGCCAUAGAGAAAAUUUCGUUGUACGAUCCUCUGAACGAUACGCUGGUGGAAGUAAAUCUAUUGACAGAAGAAGCCACUCGUGCUAAAAAUGAUAUGAUAUUUGCAACAUCACUGAUGAAUGCUGCUCUUAAAGAGCAGCAAUCAUUGAAAAUUACAUCGGAUCCGUUGCUGUCACGAGCUGUGGCAUCAGAACAGCAGGAGAAUUCUCAAGAAUUUCAAGUUGUCAAUAUAACAGACAAAGAAAAUGUCAGUAACCUCAAUCUUGAUGAUGGAGGAUGUUUCUAUAGGUGGACAACAUCUUGUGUGUUGCUUCUGCUCGAGACCUACAAAGCAAAUGAAAACAAAUUCAUAAAUGGGAAGCAAUCUCAAAAGAAAACAUGGGAAGAGGUUUCCGAGACUCUAAAAUGUAAUGGACAUGAUGUGACGGGACCAAUGUGUGCUGAGGAGUUUGAAAAAGACUUACAAAGCAGUCAAAGAUCAUAACAAUAAGUCAGGCAAUGAUAGGCGGACUUGGAAAUUUUUUGACGGCUGGAAAUAAAAAGAUGGGAUCAUGGACGAAAUUUUCUCAAAGAAGGCAUGGUGUGCCCCUGUCGCUCUCGCAUCUUCCUCAGACCUAUCUAAAAAGCAGGAUGAAGAAAGCAGUAUGGGAUCUGACAAUGGGUGUACAGUUGCCAUCAAGAUUGAAAUUGAGUGCACGCGCACUGCUUGUCAAGAGAAUGAGACAGAAAGAAGAGCAUGAAGAAGCCAAGAUAAAGCGACACAAGGAAAGGAUAGAAAUAGACGGAAAACUCCUUGCAGUUCUCGAAAAGCUGGCCAAUAAGUAAAUCGGUUAGCAAUUUUCAUUACUUAUCGCAUCACGAGACUGAUAAAUGUGCCAAUGAUAAAGUAUUUUAUUAUUUUAAAUACACUGCUUGCGCAGAUCUCAAAGUUAAGUUAAUAAAGUAAGCAGUAGUUAAGUAAGAAAUAAUUAAGGUAGCAAUUAUGCUUUCGAUUGCUUGCACUAAUGCGCACUGAGAGCACACUAAGGUUUGUUUAUACUUAAUUCUUUUAUUUCAGAUUGUCUUAAAUACAUGCUAGAAAACCAUUUAGCAGAAAAAUGAUAGAUACUGGUGCUGUACAGAUUAUUUUAAAGUGGCUAAAAAGUAUUUAAGACAAUCCUUAAAUAUAAGAAUUAAUUGUAAACAAGCCUUAGUGCGCACUCAGUACGUGUACUUAUUAGUGUAAGCAACCGAAUAGACUAUUAGUGUAUCACAAGACUGUAAUAAAUGUGCCAAUCAUUAAGUAUUACAUUUAUUAAUUUAUAUUGAGAGGUAUUUAUUUUUAUUAAUAUUUUGUUAAUGUCUUUGUAUGACCCUCUAUGAAGGUUAGGUAUGAAGUUAUAUUUUAGUUGUAAUGAUAGCAAUAAGUCUCAAAAUUGUUAAGUAAAAACGCAAGAUAUUACUUUUAUAAAAUACUCCCUUUAUUUUAGAUUUGUAAGGUAACAUUUAUUUUUGUUACAAUCUUUUUAUGAAUAUUUUAUGUUCUAAGAACGAAUAUUUACUAUAAGCGCAUUAACAUAUCAAUUUUCGUGUCAGAGGUUAUGAAUAAAAACAUGAAAUAGUACUUUCUGCUAAGUAUUUUUGUGUAACUUUAUUAUGUAAUCACUCACAUCAUUAUGAAUACAGAGUACAGACACUUAAAUAAACAUAAAUCCAACACGUUCAUAACGGACAUCAAUUUAGUUUACCUAGGGCAAACUAUACAUAAUCAAAUUUCUUUUGUGAACACCAAUAUUUUGUCUUGCUUCAUGCAAAACAUUGUCAUCUAUCACAUUGUCUUCUGGAGGUGGAGGUACUAUGACAACAGCUAUUUCAUCUCCUCGUAAUGUACAAAUGUUGUGAAUUACACAUGCUA